CUGAAUGAGCUACCAAAUCCCAGGAUGAUGUCAAAUGACACGCAAUUGCGGCAGUCAUUAGUGCCCGGUUUCCGAGUUGUAAACAACGUGCGCUCCGGAACGUGAAAGCUGGUGCCUCAGUCGCGCUUGGGGACAGUCAGUUGUUGUGUAAACGAAAUAAGAAAAGGUUCUUUUUUCCAUCGUGGAAGUGAACACACCGUCCAGAGAAAAUGUCAAUGUCUGUGACAGUGCUGUGCCCCGGAGGGCGCCGGCAAGUGGUGAAAGUUACACCAAACACCAGCAUCCUGCAGAUUCUGGAGGAAGCAUGUAGCAAGCAGAAGUUGGAUGGCAAGCUAUUCAACUUGAUGCACUACAGCCGGGCGCUGGACCUGAGCAGCUCUGUGCGGUUCGCCAACCUGCCGAACCGGGCGCAGCUGGAGCUGGCGCCGUCGGAGCGCUCGCGCGUGGACGGUGACGUCACGCUGGCGCUCCAGCUGCCCGACGGCCGCCGUCUGGUCAAGCAGUUCAGCUGCAACGCCACGCUCUGGGAGGUGUUGGACGAGCAGGCGCUGCUGCCGGUCGGCGACCACUUGGCGCCGGUCUGCAUCUACGCACGCCGCGAGGUGGCGGGCAGCGAGGCACUGCGCACCACCACCAUCCGCAGUCUGGGGCUCACCGCCGGCAGCGCCAUCCUGCGGUUCGCGCCUCGGCCCGCCAGCCAGGAGUCGGGUAGUCAAGCGCACGUGUCCGCACCCCUCGUCAAACCGCCCGCCCCUGAGCCGGACCAAUCACCGCCACCCGCCGCCGCUACCAGCCCCGCCUUGCCCGCUGCCAGCCAACCACCGCAGCCGACGGCCGGCGCCGGCUCCACCCCGGCCGCCGUCAGCCAAUCGCAGACGGCCGCGACGCCCGGGCAUCGUGACGUCAUUGGUGGCACUUCGCCGAUCUGUGACCUCGCCCAGGCCAACAGCGAUCCUGUGCUGGGCGCGACAGCGCCGGCCUCGGUGCUCUGUGACGUCAUGGACAGCAAAGACAGCGACCUCGCCGGCGCCCCGAGUCUGACAUCAGACGUGACGUCAGCCGGCAGCGUGACGUCAGACACCAGCGGCGAGGCGUUCCUGGUGGAGGGCGGCUCGCUGGGCAGCUGCCCAAGCAGCCGGGACAGCCUGCCCGGUCCGGAGGCGCCCGAGGAGAGGCUUGUCUUUCUGGGGGAGCGGCAGGCGGUGGCAUUUUCCCUUGAUGACGUCACCGCGGUGCGAGCCGAGCUGCCAGAUGACUUUUAUGACGUCACGGAGGAGGACGCCCGCCGCCGCCUGAAGCAGCUGCGGCAAGAGGUGGCAUCGCUGGAUGGCAGCCCGCUGCUGACCGCUGAGCGGCGGGAGGCCCGCCGCCAGGCUGACCUACUGACCCGGCUGUCGGCCAGCCGCCACAGCGUCGUCCGGGUCCAGUUCGCCGACAGGCUUGUGCUGCAGGGGAUGUUCCUCUCCACUGACACGGUGGAGUCUGUGAUGCGGUUUGUCGCCUCGUUUCUGGUGGACCCCACUGCCAAGUUCACGCUAUACACCACGCCGCCCAAGACAACGCUGCCGCAGUCGGCUCGGCUGUUCGAGGUCGACUGUAUCCCGGCCGCUCUGGUGCACGUGGCCGCCGAGGGCGGCGCCACCGUCGCACUGAGCGACACUGUUCGUCAGCAGCUGAGCUCACCCACGGGCGCCGCGCAUGCGCUGAAGAGACUCAGGCCCGACUCCUCACAGGAGUCCGCCGACGCGUCGAGCUCCGGCUCCGGCUCCGGCUCCGGCUCCGGCUCCGGCUCUAUCGACUGGGCCGGCGCUCACCGCCACGCCAGCUGA